GAAAAUACCAUAGUUCUAGAAAUCUCUCUGUUGUUACGUGACGUGUGUUUUUACCCGGUUGAUCGGUUGACCUGGUACAUGGUUCACUUCUGCCUAUUUGUCCUCUGGAUCUCAAGGUAACCUUACUUCUUCACGUGUUGGGCAUUGUCAGGCUUGCACGUGGGCUGGUUGGCCAAGAAAUCCGCCAACAAAGUCAACGCUCGUACGACAUCGGAUACUAAAGGACAUUAUUAGCUAGAAAGACUCCGGCCGUGGCUAGUAACAACAGAAUGGCGCUCUCAGUCCCGGACCAGGUCACAUCAAUCAAUACUACCAUACACCUAGACAGCAGCGGAGACCUUCGUCUGCAAGUCGGCCCAGAGCAACAGAACUACAUUGUUUGCUCCAAGACCAUGGAGCGCACUUCCACCGUCUGGAAGAAGAUGCUGUCUGGAGGUUUCGCGGAAUCCAAGCCCAUGAAUACCAACACGGAAUGGGUUGUUACCCUGCCAGAGGACAUGCCCAAACCAAUGCUAAUCGUUUUGAAUAUCAUCCACAGCCGAUUUUCCUUGGUCCCUGAGAAACUGACUGUGUUGGAACUGUACCACAUCCUCGUCCUUACCGAGAAAUAUGAUAUCACUGAAAUGACUCGUCCGUGGGCCCGUCAAUGGAUGAGCUGCGUCCGAAAUACAAACAACCCAUUGCUGAUGUGGAUUGCAUGGGGGUUAGGCGAUGCGACUAUGUUCGUCGUGACAGCGGAUAUGCUGGUCAUGAGAUGCACAGUUGACACAGACGGGAGAUUAGUUACGCCAAAGGGGUGGUACUUGGACGAUGCGAGAUUUGAUGCCCUUCGUCCUCAUGAUAUCCUAGAUCACAUUGCCGCCCUUCGCUUGCAGCUGCUUACGACUAUCCUCUCGCCGCUUGACCUGCUUAUCAGUGUACUGAAGAAAGCAAAAUAUGAUUGCUGCUCGCUAUGCGCCAUGACAAUGCUAGGCUCGCUGAUUAUCUCGGCGGCCAAGGCGGGCCUGGAUCCAAUCCCAAGAUCUGGGAGUGAAUUCCGGGGCAGUGUAAAAGAACUAGUGGAGAAGUUGGAUGGGUUAAGCGUCACAUUCCCGCACAAAAAUAAAAAGACGGUUGACCCUUUACCUACGCUGAGAAGUCUGACUCAGGAGGCGAUCAAAAAUAAGCAGCAAACUGUUCCGGCCGUCUAUCUGAACCGCCUUGUCAAACAUAGCAAGAAGGUUGGACUGUUGCAAUAAAGACGCUUAUACCGUUGAACGUGGACCGUGCUCGGAAUCUUUGUGGGCGAAAAUGGGGCGAGACUGAUUUUACGAGUGACUGUAAAGGUAAUUACGGUGAGCAAGUGGCUAAGGAGUCACCUUGAAUGGCUGAAAGUGGCAAUCUUGGCUCAAAAAUAUCUGGGAAACAAGAUGUUUGGAAAGGACUGAAUGUUCAAGAAUUUUGAUUUUGAAUUGAAUUUUGACGAUUUUGCUUUCAGGUACUUAAAAUACAGGACUGUAUUUUAAGUAGUCACAAAUGAGUG